AUGACCGCCGCAAAACCGCGUGUACUGGUUCCAGUCUGCCUGCCAGAGUUGCCCAACAAUGCUGCGCUAAAGUACCGUUCCGCUACCGCCAUCGACAUCGCCAUUAUGCCCCAAUCGGCGCGGGAUCCAAGCCCGAAUGCGACGUUCAAGUUUCCUGCCUUCCAGCCUGAUCUCCUGCCCAUGCCCGAAGAGGACCACUAUGGCGUCAGCUCAUCGCGCGGCCGAAGUCCCAGUCCCCACCACACCGCGCAGAACAAUGGCAGUGCAGUACCGGCCGACAAGUGGCAGCCGCGGCGAGACUCCCGGCUGGCCUCCUCUGGGCCGUCGACGAGUCGACAUGGCAGACAGAAGAGCCUGAGCGAGGCCCUGCGCACGAUACGGACGCGCAAAGGCAGCGUGAGCCAGAACGCGCACGAGAUUGCGGAUGCACUAAAGGCGCCCCUUUCCCCCAGACUCAUUGUACUGUGCGGUGUGUGGUACAUGACCUCCAUCUUCACCAACAUGUCCUCCAAGGCCAUCCUCACUGCGCUCCCGAAGCCAGUCACCCUGACGACGGUCCAGUUCGCUUUCGUUUCUGGGUGGUGCCUCGUGCUCGCCGCCUUGGCUCGCAGGUACCCCCGCCUCAAGCAGACCAUGCCCUUCCUGAAAUAUGGAAUUCGCUCGCCGUCCAAGGAGCUCAUCAUGGCUACGCUGCCCCUCACCUGUUUCCAGAUUGGAGGACAUAUAUUGAGUGCGGAUGCGACAUCGAGGAUCCCCGUAUCACUGGUUCAUACGAUCAAAGGCCUGUCUCCGCUCCUAACAGUCAUGGCCUACAGCAUUUUUUUCAAGAUACAAUACUCUUUGCCAACAUACCUAUCUCUGAUACCCCUGACGGUCGGUGUCAUCCUGGCAUGCUCUGCAGACUUCCACGCAAAUCUUAUUGGCCUCAUGUCCGCCUUCGCUAGCGCAAUCCUCUUCGUUGUACAAAACAUUGUUUCCAAGCAGAUCUUCAACGAUGCUGCUGCCGCCGAGAAAGACGGUCUGCCGCCCAACAAAUUCACCAAACCAGACAAACUCAACCUUUUGUGCUAUUCCUCUGGCCUCGCCUUCUUGUUCACCCUCCCUCUCUGGCUCUGGUCCGAAGGAUUUGCGCUCAUUUUCGACCUUCUCUAUGAAGCUAGAAUCGAAUUGUCAGAUCAUCCUGAAGCCUUUGACCACGGACGUCUUUUCCUCGAGUUUCUCUUCAAUGGGACAUUUCAUUUUGGCCAGAAUAUCGUUGCCUUUAUUCUCCUGUCCAUGGUUUCGCCAGUCACCUACUCCGUCGCCAGCCUGAUCAAGCGCGUCUUUGUCAUUGUAUUCGCAGUCGUUUGGUUUGGAAAACCACUGACCAAGAUCCAAGCCUUUGGCCUCGUCCUCACCUUUCUCGGCCUAUAUCUGUACGAUCGCACGUCGGAUGCUGCCAAGGCGGAUAAGCGCGUAAAGGCAAUGCAGGCCAAGUCGAGCGGCACGCUUUUACCGCUUGUGACGGACUUGAAGUCGAGGCCGGUGUUUACGAAUAGCCCGGUCACCAUGUCGGGUACUGGUGCGUACCCGAUGGCGGACAUUUCAGAGACCAGGGACGAGAAGAGGGAUGAUGACGUGGGUUAUAGGAGAACUCCUGAACACGGCUCUGCUGGCUAUUUGCCGCCAGGUACAAAACAGGAUGAAACUUGGCGGUCUCACGACAUGAAUGGUAUACGAACUAUCGGCGUUUCGUAG